AUGCAGGCUUGCUCUAUGAUUGUUUUUGCUGCUAGACAACAAUGGGAUGAGUCUGAAACUCAGAAUGACGAGUAUUCAGUUUGUCACGCUUCAGGUUGUGACGCAACUGAUUUCGUUAUCCUUCUCAACAACAAAAAAUCACCAUUUGCCAAAGGCACAGGUUUUGAAAUUAAUGGUCCAUGUGCAUGGUCGCCACUGUGGCUUCCAGUUCCAAAGGUCGAAUCUCUCUUGAUGACUUAUAGUAACGUCAUAGCAACCUUGGAUGUGCCAUCAGCCUUGGUUCGUGUUUAA